UUCAGUGAACUGGGCAUACAGCGCAUGACUUGAUCUGACAUGAAAGCUAAAGGCUAUAGCUAUUAUAGCCCUGUAUUAGAGCCUGUGAAUGAAGAAGAGAGGGAGAACGACAGGGGCAAGUCCCAAGUAUGGCGCAAUUCAACAACAACAAUAACGGCAUCCUCUGUAGCCUUUCCUCAGAUUGUGUGUGUGUGUGUGUGUGUUUCCGAGCGCGCACCAGACAGAGUGCGGGAGAGAGAGAGAAAGUGAGAGAGAAGACCAGUCGCUUCAUUCAAUAGGAGUGGGCGUGCUCUUGUGCGCUGCAUCGUUUGAUGAUCUCCCCGGUUCCCCCCAGAACCUCCACUCCGUGUUCUCCGUGGCUGAGGUCGGCCAAUCUAAGCGACCGAGAGGACUUUCCGUGCCGGUGAAGACGAGCUCCACUUUCCGUCGCUCAGCAUAGUGGCGUGCACCGCGCCGGUCAGCGGGGCCACACCGCAGCACUUUGGAUAACUCACAUAGCUGAGGAUUCUGCCGUUUGCCAAAGCGCAUCGCUCAUCCGAGUCCCACGCCAGCCGAACAGCUGGACAUGUUACCAUGAAUAAUUUAGUCAGUCAGCACAGGUGACUUUUAAGCUCCCCAUUUUAUUUUUUCUUUUAAAAUUUGGAUUCUCUGGAGGGAAAAAUCUCUACGGUGGCAGCAUAAGCUCAAAACUCGCUCUGUGCGCGUAGGGGCGUUAUUUUUGCCCAAGAUGCAGGUGGAUCGGAGCGGUGUGCUUUUCAGUGCUGGGUCUACGUGGCUCCUCUUACUUUUAUCAACUCUAAGCAUCGGGGUCACGGGGGUGGGAGGAACCCACCAAAGCAUCCCUCCAUCUGUGGUGAAGCUGUGGGCAUCAGCGUUUGGUGGGGAGAUGAAGUCCAUCUCAGCAAAGUAUUCUGGGUCGCAGCUGCUGCAGAAGAAAUACAAGGAGUUUGAGCGGGCAGUACGGGUGGAAGAGAUUGAUGGUCUGCGGCUGGUUAAGAGGCUGGCAGAGAACAUGGAGGAGAUGUUUCACAAGAAAGCUCAGGCGAUGAAGAGGCUGGUAGAGGCAGCAGAGGAAGCUCACCUUCAACAUGAAGAGGAUCCAAACCUACAGUAUGAAUACUUUAAUGCAGUGCUGAUCAAUGAGGUGGAUGAGGAGGGGAACAGUGUAGAGCUGGGAGGGGAAUUUAUCCUGCAUCCCAAUGACCACUUUAACAACUUGUCAGUCAACCUCAACCUCAGCGUGGUACAAGUGCCCACCAACAUGUACAACAAAGACUCCGCAAUUGUCAAUGGAGUGUACUGGUCUGAGGCCUUGAACAAAGUGUUUGUGGAUAACUUUGAGAGAGACCCAUCACUCAUAUGGCAGUACUUUGGCAGUGCCAAAGGCUUUUUCAGGCAGUACCCAGGAAUCAAAUGGAAGCCAGAUGAGCACGGAGUUAUUGCUUUUGACUGUCGAAACCGGAAAUGGUAUAUCCAGGCUGCCACCUCUCCAAAGGACGUGGUGAUCCUGGUGGAUGUAAGUGGCAGCAUGAAAGGCCUGAGACUGACUAUUGCCAGGCAGACGGUUUCCUCCAUACUGGACACUCUUGGAGAUGACGAUUUUUUUAACAUCAUCGCUUACAAUGAGGAAUUGCAUUACGUGGAACCAUGCCUGAAUGGAACUCUGGUCCAAGCAGAUGUCACCAAUAAAGACCAUUUCCGGGAACACCUCGACAAGCUGUUUGCUCAAGGCAUCGGGAUGUUGGAUAUAGCUCUGACUGAGGCUUUCAAUCUUCUCAGUGACUUCAAUGAGACUGGGAGGGGCAGCGAGUGUAGCCAGGCUAUUAUGUUGGUGACAGAUGGGGCAGUGGAUACAUACGAUGCCAUCUUCGCCAAGUAUAACUGGCCAGAGAGGAAGGUCCGUAUAUUCCCUUACCUGAUUGGUCGAGAAUCAGCCUUCGCAGAAAAUCUAAAAUGGAUGGCGUGCGCUAACAAAGGGUAUUUCACUCAAAUUUCCACACUGGCAGAUGUGCAAGAGAACGUGAUGGAGUAUCUCCAUGUUCUCAGUCGUCCCAAGGUGAUUGACCGGGAGCAUGACACGGUUUGGACUGAGGCCUACAUCGAUAGCACUCUCCCCCAAGCACAAAAGUUGGAGGAUGGUCAAGGUCCAGUUCUGAUGACUACGGUGGCAAUGCCAGUGUUCAGUACCAAGAACGAGACUAGAAACCGUGGAAUCCUUCUAGGGGUGGUUGGGACAGAUGUGCCAGUCUCUGAGCUGCUCAAGACUAUCCCCAAAUAUAAGCUGGGCAUUCAUGGCUACGCCUUUGCAAUCACCAACAACGGUUACAUCCUCACCCACCCGGAUUUACGGCCACUCUAUGGAGAUGGCAAGAAGAGAAGAAAACCGAACUAUAGCAGCGUGGAUCUGUCUGAAGUGGAAUGGGAGGAUAAGGAAGACACGCUAAGAAAUGCCAUGGUCAACAGGAAGACGGGGACCUUCUCAAUGGAGGUGAAGAAGAGUGUAGACAAAGGGAAACGUGUGCUGAUUUUGCACAAUGAUUACUACUACACAGACAUCAAAGGGACUCCUUUCAGUCUAGGGGUUGCUCUUUCAAGAGGCCAUGGAAAGUAUUUCUUCAGGGGGAACGUCACAGUAGAGGAAGGACUUCAUGACUUGGAGCAUCCUGAUGUAGCCCUGGCAGACGAAUGGACAUACUGCAACACAGAUGAGCACCCAGAGCACCGCUACCUACAUCAGAUAGAGGCAAUCAAACUGUACCUCAGUGGGCACGAACCCCACUUAUAUUGUGACAAGGAGCUGAUUCAGGAAGUUCUCUUUGAUGCAGUGGUGACUGCCCCAUUAGAAGCUUACUGGACCAGCCUUGUGCUUAAUAAGUCAGAGAAUUCUGAUAAAGGAGUGGAGAUAGCCUACCUGGGCACAAGAACAGGACUGUCCAGAAUUAACCUGUUUGUGGUGCCAGACGAACUUACAAGCAAAGACUUUCUGACAGCUGAAGACCGAGAGGGGGUGUUCAAUGCCGAUCACUUUCCCCUGUGGUACAAGAGAGCGGCAGAACAAGUUCCUGGUACCUUUGUUUACUCUCUGCCUUUUAACACAGGGUCAGAGAACAAGAGUGUUGUUUUGGCCAGUACUGCUAUUCAGCUUUUGGAUGAGAGGAAAUCACCAAUAGCUGCAGCUGUGGGCAUCCAGAUGAAACUGGAGUUUUUUCAGAAGAAAUUCUGGACAGCAAGCAGACAGUGUGCAGCAUUAGAUGGGAAGUGCUCCAUAAGCUGUGAUGAUGAGAAUAUUAACUGCUACCUAAUUGACAACAACGGCUUCAUUCUGGUAGCAGAGGACUAUACUUUGACCGGAAAUUUUUUUGGUGAAGCAGAAGGGGCUGUAAUGAAUAAGCUUCUGCAGAUGGGCUCUUUCAAGAGGGUGACUCUAUAUGACUACCAGGCUCUAUGUUGGGUCUAUUCAGAAAGUAGCGACAGUGGACGCACGCUAUUGGACCCCUACUUCGCUUUCUUCUCAGCUGUGAAGUGGAUUCUGACUGAGCUUGUCAUAUUCCUGGUUGAGUUCAACUUGUACAGCUGGUGGUACUCUGACCUCACCGCUAAAGCUCAGAGGACAGGUCGGACCAUGCAGGUACCGUGUGACACAGAGUACCCGGCCUUUAUCUCCGAGAGGACCAUCAAAGAGAACACCGGCAACAUUGACUGCGACGGCUGCAUCAAGUCCUUUGUGAUUCAGCAGAUCCCCAGCAGUAAUCUCUUCAUGGUGGUGGUGGACAACAAGUGUGACUGCAGCAUGUUUGAGCCAAUCACCAUGGACCCCAUCGAAAUCAUGUAUAAUGAAUCUCUGAAGUGUGAAAGAUUGAAGAUGCAAAAGGACAGGAGGCGCCCAGACACCUGCCACCCUUUUCACCCAGAGGAGAACUCAAUGGAGUGUGGGGGAGCUGUGAAUCUUACCCAGUCUCUUGUUACGACACUGCUCUGCCUACUUGUGGCGUUGUUCCCUAGGUGACCAGAGCUGACCAUGCCUCUCCACUGAGAACUUUACUUGGGUUGGAUUGGCUCGGCAUGCAAAAGAGUCGCAUUGAUGCCACUGAAAAAAAACAAAAAAACAAAAAACACUCUUGCCCCAUAUAAAGUUGUGCCCAAUUUCAACUCACCACCUACAAAGUCCCUAGCCCUGACGUGCCAUCCUACAAGGUAAAUAUUUGAAAGGAUUAAUAAUGGAUACAGCUGCUAAGUAGUAAUAAUUAAGGUGCUUUAGCAAUAUCACGUGAACUGCGCAGAGGUUUUUGAGGAGAUACAAAGUUUAGAAACACAUAGUAAUAAUGCUGACAAUGCACUUAGUAGCUUAAAAACUGCACAAGUGGUUGAGUAAUACCCACAGACACUAGCGCCACAAUGUUCAGUCCUUUCAGGUAGCAGCUAAUGGGCUGGGUCUGUAGCUGGGCUUGGAACUGGGUAUUAAAGCCACGUAACACCCACAUGGAUAAAGACAGAUACACUUACACAUGGCCAACUUUGACUUUUUAUGAAGAUUAAAAAAAAGAAAACACAGAUAAUACUGAUGAUGAUUAUAUGUGGCUGGGGUUGUAAUGAAAUGUCUGUCUGUUAAUAUUUUUUUCCACAAUGAGAAAAAAAAAAGAGUUCUAGUGUAUGUAUAUAAAAAAAAAUAUGAACAAAAGAGUCUUAUUUAUGAUUUGCAAGUGGUACCCAUAAACUGUGACUAUGAGAUUUUUGAGUCCUCUGAUGUGAGUGGUUGUUAAUAUUUGAGCUUUGCCUUAUUGAACAACAUUGGUCCUGUUUAUGUACUUUUGAAAUAAAAUGAUGUUAAAAAAA